AUGGCAACCGUCAAACUACCAGAGGGACACUGCGUGAAUCUUCAUCCACGGCCCCAGCAGCCCAGUCCUUACAAAGCAUAUCGAGCCGAAUAUCAUAACAUCACCGAGCUUUCAGCAGCGCCCCCGUCUCCAUACACGCCUGCAACGUCGGGCAACCUCCGCAGAUCUAAAGCCACCAAACUUCCACUUCCCAGGGCCUUGGCCGACAAGAACAAGGAUCCACGAGGUGAAUUGCUUUCUUCGACUGAAGUACUCCGACCAGCGCCACUUUCAAUCCCUUCGGCUUCAACUCAGAACGAAGGCGAAGCUGAAGCGAUGGCGAAGGAUCGCGACCAAUACUGGCGGAAGCUCCGUGGUAAAAAUGACAAAGAAUCCCCUCAGUCUCAGAAAGAAUACAGUAGCGAAAGCACCAACCAGGCGCAGAAAUCUUGGUACCAGAACAAAUAUGAAACCAACACCGAAGACGAUCUGUUCGUCACGCACGGAGCCAGUCUUCGAACCGAUAUUGCUGUUCCCACCAGCAGCAGCAACAAUCUUGCGCGCCACACUCGAACCAGUGCUACUCGACAGGCGCAAGCGGAGAGCCAAACGAAAUGGCGGAAACAUGGCGACCUGUGCAUGGAUGGCGAGACCAACGACAACAUGCCACAGAGGCCCGAAAGGAUAGAACAUACCACUGAUUCCAGCGAACAAUCCCAUCCGUCAGUUUCGCCCGUGUCUGCUGAGGACAGCCCAAUGACCGAAUGGGAGGACAGAUUCGUUGUUCAUAUGCCGACAGCUAAAGACCCGAAUCCGCCAACGAUGACCGCGCACCAGAUAGCCCAGUAUCAGCAGAGCAUCGAAAGAGUGCAUCGGAGUGGUGGAAAGAUGGUUGAUCCUGACGCUCUUCCUAGUCCCCCACGGUCGUCUCCCAAAGUGAAAGCGAACCCGGGUGCUCACCAAGACCAGAAGCCAUGCUCUUUCAAGGCUUACGACGGGCGUCCUAUGCCGUCUUUGCCAGAGACUAGCCAGCAACUAGCAACUCCACAUCAGACCCAUGGCCCGCCUGGCUACUACAGCCCGGAUGAAAUUGGGAAAAAGAGAUUCAGCACGAUCUGGGAAGAGUCAUCGCCUUCAAAGAGUAAAGACAAACGAUCCUCUGCGGCAGACGGUUCUUUUUUAGGAUGCAAACAGAUCAACGGGCCCCGGGAGCAGCCCCGAGAAGAUACUAUUCUCGCUCCGGGGGAGAAGAACCCGGACGAAAUCCUUCUGUUCUCGACCGACGAUACCAGCUCAGAUCCUCAAUAUGCUCCGCCCAAAUACGAACUGAAGAGUCGGCAGAUAGAAGAGAAGAACGCGGCAACCGCCAAUCGGACGGUGCGGACAGCAAAGCAGGCCGUCCUUCAAGACGAGUGGGCAACAACUUCUCGGAAUACGAAGCAUGUCCAAUGCUCGAAGCCGUCGUCCAGGACGCUGUGCCGGGAUCAUUGUUGCCAGCAACACGAGAGAUCAAGGGAAUCCGCCCACAACUCGAACAAGGAAAACUCCCUCCCUACUGGUCAUUCUGGCCUGCCGGAGAUCCCGGACGACGAUCCCAGAGGCGACGAUGUGUUCAUUAUCACACCCACUAUCACGCGCACUUUGAUUCCCACCACCGAGAAGAAAGCCGUGUAUCCAAAACAGCAAGGGAUCCGACGUCCUUCCAUUGGAAAUGGCCAGGCCAUCACCGGCGAGGCCAUGAAGGCUGUCCGCGCGAAGCCUCAAAUGGUGUCCACCACCCUUUCUGGGCUACGACCCUCGAUUCCAGCGUCGCUCACGACCUCAACCGGGCCGAAGAUGACACACUCUCAAACAACACAGCUCAGCAGGGUUCUUCCCGCCAAAGUCGAUGCGAAAGAGAAAGAAGAGCGACCCCCCCACACAAGGCAAAGUUCAGGCGGUAUCCGUGGGUUCAUCCGUACUUCCGGGCUGGUCAAGUCGCCCACUGACGGCCUGGCUUCAAUGAUUCGAAAUGGGGCUGGCUCCCUUCAUCUCCCGGACUCUUCGCGAAAACCAUCACCGAUUACCCUCUCAGCGCCUCCGUCACGGGACAACUCUGACUCGUCUAGAUCUAGCAAAUCGUUCUACUCGGCGAAAGGCUCGACGCCGGCAUCUUCAGUCAAGGAGGACCACACCGUGGUUCACUCCUUGCUCCGCUCUACUAAGGUUGUGGAAAUCGCUGAACUGGAUGGUCAACAGGUGUCUAAUCCAAAGGAGUCAAUUCGAGUACCAAAGGAGCCUAAGGUGGCAAAGGAAGCGCCUAAACCUCUCAAGGAAGCCCCCAAAGUGCCCAAGGAAGCAUCCAAAGUACCCAAGGAAGCAUCCAAAGUGCCCAAGGAAGCAUCCAAAUUGCCCAAAGAGACAUCCAAGUUGUCCAAAGAGAUACCCAACAUGCCCAGGGAGCUACCCAAGUUGCCCAAGGAGAUCCCUAAAUCCAACACUGCACAAACUCGUGCCGAGGCGCGUGAAAUCCGUUCGCUGGAAAAGAUUAUCACUCGCGAGAAGCGACAGGUUACCAAAGACAAACCCAAGGAGAAGCACACUUCCCGCAAGGAUGCAUCUCCGCUGGACAAGGCCAUCACUGUCAGGGAUGUCAAAGACGCCUUUAACCCAGUGGCACUGUCAGUGGCAUUCGAGCUCACCAUCACCGCAGCCACGCACAUCUACCGAAACUUCCGCAAUUGGAUCGAUAACCCGCACAUCAAGUCCGUGCUGGGUAGUAUCAUGAACAUGGCUCGCCACUGCUACCGCGUCUUCAUGCGUAUCUUUCGCGCUGUCUCGCGGUACCAGUCUACGGGGACUUGGCCCAAGCCCCAUAACGACCAAGCCAUCAGCAAGUUCCUGGUUGAAUUGCUGCAGGCUAUUGUGUAUCUCUUUGUUCUGGGCUUCGGAGCUGUGGUCUUUGGUCGGAUUGCUGGCUACGUCGUUCUGGUGGGUAGUUGGGUCGUCUGGUUUGCGAGACCUUUUGCUUGGACCGUUCAGAGCGUCGGCCGGGCUUUCUUGUAG